UUACCAUCCAUCCAUCCAUUUUGAAAGUAAAAAUAUUCCAUGACCGGGGAUUUUGGUAAACGUACGUAUCGUAUAAUCACCAAAGUACGCUGGUACCGUGGCUCGAGGGUGUAUAAAAUGAGUUAAAUACAGGUGAGGGUCUCGCCGGCUACGGUUAGCAAGAGUGCGAUUGAACCGUCGAUCCUGAUCUCGUAGGUGAAUUCCGCGAGGCGAAUCGAAUGGAUGCCAGUCGUAAGGGACGCCAUUUUGAUAUACGGUCGGGUACGUCAGGCAUCGGAGCCAGAAACGCGGUAAAGAAGGGUUCCCGUGCGCGCGUACAUUUUCUGGCAUCGCGAGGGGAGUUUUUUCGAGGAUUACGCAGAGUUCGGUGCCGCGUACGAGGCGGCGGGACGGUGUACAUAGUGCGUUAAGUGACAAGUGACAGGUGAAUCGAUGAUUGCAAGUCCCGUAAUCGCGGCUUGCUAGUGGCGUACUGCCAGUGGAGUGUCCGGUCUACGCGAACUCGCGUACGGUACUCGAUAACGAGGCACCGACUACGAGGAGCGGAGCUCCCUUGGAUCGCCAAGCGUUUUCCCGCUAGAGAGAUUGGACUUUCUUGGUUAGCAAGCAGCAAGGGGCAUCCUUGCUUGCGCCUCGCCUCGCCUCGCCUCGCCUCGUCUCGCCUCGCCUUGCCUCGCCGUACAGUCGCGUGUGUGGCUUGCGUAUAUCCCGCAUCUCCGAACAGUUGCCACUGUGAGAAUCCCGCGUGUGUGUUUUUGUUGCCCCGCGACCGGUUCCCGAGGGCUCGGGAGGACCUAUCGCCUAUCGUUCUUAUUGUUCUUCGAUCGGAUAACGAGGAAAGAGGACAAAUAUUCGGCGAUACUUGGCAAUCUCUCUCUCUCUCUCUCUCUCCUCCGCUACUUCUCUCUCUGUCCCUCUGUGUGUCUCUGCAUUUGCAACGCGGAUUCGUCCCAUCUCCUUAUUCAUACGUGUAUACGUAUACGUAUACGCACUCGGACCUAACUUAAAACACGACACGCACACAUACAUACACACACACGUAUAUAUAUAUACACACAUCCCUCCGGCUUUCCCCGGUUCUUUCUCUCUCCGUCUCCCUUUUUCUCGCCCCUCGUCAUCCUGUGUUCGCGAUUUUAAAAAAGACAACAAUAUUCGGGUUCUUCCCAACGCCCGUAAAACUACAAGUCCGAUGUUUGCCGCCGCGGCUCGAAAUCAUCUCAGGCCGAGACAUCUAGCUGCGACGAGAACGUCGACGAGGGUACACCUGGAAGUAAGGAGAGUAAUUGCGUCGGGGGUUAUUGCAACCCUGGCGUAAAUGCCCCCCCGCGACACAUGUGCUCGCGUAAACCUAGCGCGAUCCUUAAUUAAUACGCCCACGCGCUCCUUAACAUGGCCAAAUUCCUCAACAAGGACCCUGUCACCUAUCAGCGGGAGCGUGACGGGUUCAUCAAGGGACUUCAUCAUUUUCACGAGACUCGCGGAACACCCUUCAGGAGGCCACCGAAAAUCAGCGGGAACGAGAUAGACUUGUACUUGUUAUACGUGCUGGUUACCGCCCACGGAGGAUGGAUCAAGGUAAACUCGAGGAACGAAUGGACGUCACUUUGCGAACAGUUUCACCUACCAACCGAAUGCGUGAACAGCGGUGUCGGCCUCAAACAAAUAUACCUAAGAUACCUAGACAGGUACGAAAAGGUUCACUUCCUCGGUGAAGAUGGGCAGCAGGCUGACGACGAGGAUGAAGACUCGAGACACCGGAAAUGGUCAGCGAGGGCGCUUCACUCGGUACCUUUGACCUACAAUCAUCAUCAGCACAACGUUGCCGAAUCCCUGCGGGAAUACAACGGUCUCUCGGCAAACUUAUACAAGCCGUCUAACUACGACAAGCUUGCUCUUUCGCUGCUCUCGCCGCUACCGAACGAGCAAGAUUUUGCGAUAAAUGUUUGCACCUUGCUGUCGAACGAGGGUAAACACUCGCUUCGUCUUGACAAGUAUCCACGGCUUGUUAAUAUACUAUUGGCACACGCUGGAGUAUUCGAUUCUCCUGGCACUCGACAGCUUUUCAUCGAAGUCUAUUCACGGGUCAGGAAUUACUCCAUCAACUCAUUUUGGUCCGAUGUUAUCGAUACGCAAGACGUCCUGGACCUGACGGAUGAGAGAGACUUUAUGAAAAAAGCCAUCAAUACGCCAAAGACUUUCUCGAGGCGGAAAAUUCUUGAAAAAGAAAAACAGAACAAGCUCAUACAGGCGGAAAAUGAGGAAAAUGUUACGCCUAUGGAAGUCGAUGAGGUACCAACGGAAUGCUCGCGGUUGGAUACCGCGCAAACCGAAAGGGAAGAGAGCGAAAGUUGUCGAUAUCAGAAUCAGAAUCAGAAUCAGAAUCAGAAUUCGAUAAGGUUCGACGAGGAGGACAAAGACUUGUUUUGUGUGGGUCGAACGUUAGGGACACAGGACCCUUACGGCCAACGCAUACUUCAGAUAGCUUCCAUUCUAAGGAACUUGAGCUUUACCCCCGAAAACAUAUUGAUUUUAGGGAGGAAUAGAUGUUUCCUAAGAUUUGUACUCCUAUGCGUCAGUACCAGGUGGAGCAAUCUGCAUCAGCUUGGUUUUGACAUGUUAGGCAAUGUUGCUAAUGAAAUUCUACUAAAAGAAGCUGGUCAUCGAAUAACCAAUGUCAUGCUGUCCUGCGUGUCACGAGGCAUCGACUCACCUGACAGAUUUAUUGUCAUAUCCUGCCUUGAGGUGCUGAACAAAAUCAGCCAGCAAGAUAGUAAUGAAGAAAUUAUCACUCUCGGCCUAGACGAUAGCGCCUACGAAAUAAUAUGCAGGUUUCUAGCUCUGAGUGACAUUGCCUUGCUUGUUUAUACUUUGGAGUGUCUCUACGCGCUGACUUCUUUGGGUGAACGUCCUUGUACAAGCGUCGCGCGGGUACGCGGGGCUAUAGAUACACUAGUUGCUCUGGUCACAGUGGAGGCGCAAAGCUACGGACCAAAAGCUUGCAUUUUGAUGAGAGUCGUGGAGACGGUAUCGACUAUAACGGUUCCAGCAACAGUUAGUGGACAAAGCGCUGCUGUAACACCAGCGGCACCUGUUCAGGUUGUAGCUUCAUCUGUACCAUCUGUACCGACGACAAUCACUGCCACGACAGCCCCUGUUAGUCCAGCUCCCUCGAGGCCCACCACUCCAGCUAGCGUUAAUAGCAAACAAACUUCGCAUAAAGCGAUAGAAGCCUCGAAUACGAUACAGCAGCAACACGCUCACCAGCAAAUUAUUCAAGAAAACGAGCAAUUCGCCCUUAGUUGGCUUAAGGCUACAUUCGAACACUCGACGGGAGUGAAAAUUGAACAGGAAGAACUAUAUAAAAAGUACCUUGGAUGCUGUACAAAGAUUGGAAGACGAGGUGUAAUCGCGCCGCUUCAUUUUCCCAGAUGUGUUAGAUCCGUUUUUGGCGGAACCGUUGGACCAAAUCCGAUAAAGGGAGAGUCAACGGGAACCCAGUACUACGAAGGCAUCAAAGUUCGCUCCGUACCACUGACAGUGUCUUUUUCGAGCCAAACCUUACCAGCGAGUAAUGUGAUUCAUCCGAUCCAGGCGACCAACACAACUCCAGUAAAGGUGCUUCCCACACAACAGCGAACACUCAAGACCAUAAGUCCUGCUCCCGAUAGCACAGCCCUAGAAAAUUCCAUAACUGGUGCACAGAGAACCCCGGCCCCCGCGUCUCCCAUUCUCAAAGCGCAGUUAUCAGCCCCACCAAAACCACCCUCUACGAUUCCCAAUCAACCCCAGAUUCCAGUCACCAAGGUUGACUCCAAAAGUCAGGUGUCAGUGUCGCACCCCCACCUGAGUCAAGCCCUGCUGGCCAGUGGUUCUCAGUUGCAACAACAGCACCAAUCCCAAGUUCAAGUAGCGAUGAAGGACGAUCCUCGAAGCGGUGCAACUUCAAGUUCAAUAAUAAAAAGCCUCUUGGCUACAAAGGUAACGAUCAGCGGCGACUGCAUGCCCAGUGCCGCUGCCAGUUGUGUGUCUGCCCCUUCUGCCUGCGUAAUAAACACUACCACUAGCAUCGCAUCCAGCAUCAGUGCCAACCAGCUAAUAACCAGCAACCAGGUUGCCCAGCGUCAGCAACAACAACGACUACUUCAGGCUCAAUUGACAGGAGUCAUUCAGCCUGCAGCGCCUACUGCCACACCAGCAGUAGCUUCACCUAAAAUAAUCUCAAGUAAUAAGCUGAAAUCUACUACUGCUGCCACUCCUGCAAAAAAAUUCCAAAGGAUUAAUGGAGCUAAGGUUAUCAUCCCCAACAAUUGUGACAAGGCUGACGUAAAUGACUCUGAGAACAUCAAUCAAGUGGUAACGUCAACGACAGUGAUUUCGAAUCCAACGGAAAAUCACAUAUCCUCCACAGUUAAAGUCUGUCGGCCACCUCCUCUAGUUCCAUUGAGUGGAGGAAAUAAAACUAAUCAUCGAACUAUCUGUACAUCAUUAGCAGAAGACUCAGAUUCUACUAAUAAUUCGCUCGCAUCUAGUAGCGGAAUUGGUGGAAGUAGGGAUUGUUCUGGUGUUGGCGCUGAGGAAGAGAACUCAUUGACUAGUUUUGAGGGUAUCCUUUUGAAUGGUGCACCCAGUAACUUGGAUAUCGAUGCCCAAGAGGAUGGAUCUUCGAAAGAUUCAUCAAGCGUAAGCUCCAAAGACAAACCUCUGCAAAGUAUGAUGCUGGCAGAUCUAUUGGAGAGAAAAGUUGACAAAGAACCAAUUAUGAACGGCGUUUUAGGGAAAAAUUCGAUAAACGAGAAGGGAAUGGACCUUGUAGAAAAUCAUAUUGAAAAAGUGUUGAAAGAAUCUCCAACGGACGUGAAAGUAAAAACCGAAGUAGACGAAAAUGACGUAUUGCAAACGGAAGGGUCUGAAGAAACGCUUAUCGAAGCACCAAGGGGUAUAAAGAGAUCAGCCAGUGAGCCAGAUGAAAUUGAAUCAAAGAAACCUAAAUAUUCCAAUGGUACGAGAUCUCCAGAACCUGGUGUUGAUUUGAAAACCGUUGAAUCUACAGUUUCAAGCCUGAAAUCAGAAGAACCAGAUGAUGACAAAGAUAGUGAAAAAGCAACUGUAUCCUCAACGGCCGCAAACCUGUAUGCUGCGCUAGCUGCAGACUGCAUUGAAGACGAAAUUGACCUAGUAGAUGAUCAUGCAAUCCUAGUGAAAGACGAACCAAUUGUAAAAGAAGAGCCACAAGUGUUGUUAAACCAAUCUGAACAACAACAACCGCUACAUCAGCAACUCCAGCAAACUCAAACACAAGUUCAAACACAAGUGCAAACACAAGUGCAAACGCAAGUGCAAACACAAAUGCAAACACAAAUGCAAACACAAAUGCAAACACAAACUCAAACGCAAACACCACAACAGCAGCAGCAACACCAUCACCAACAACAUCAGCAUCAACACCAUCAACAACAGCUGAUCGUAGCUGCACCUAGACAAAUAGUCGUCCAACAAGCUAUUCAGUCAAAUAAUCAAGUCAUCAUUCCAACGAACACAGUUAAAGGGAGACAACCUCAACAGCCCCAAGUCCUUUUGCAACAAGGAGCAGGAGGUCAGUUACAGUAUGUUGUUUCUGGAGGUGUUCCUGGACAAAAUUAUGUACUCGCCCAGUCUCAGACUGCUCUGGUUCAAGGACAGGCCCAAACAGUCUUAGUGGCUCAAACGACGCAGCAACAAGGAACUGGCGCAAAAACUAUAAUUAUUUUACAACCACAGUCUGCAGCCCAACCAAGUUCGCAGAAAAUGGUUGCAGUUACACCGCAAGGGCAACAAGUUGUCGUGACACAGGUCCCAAGACCAAUUUUGCAGAGCCCAGCCUUGAGUAAUAUCCCUCCGCCUUUGGUGCCGACUUCGGCAACAAUCCCUCAAGCUUCCAUUAUAGUAAAUAGCUCCGUUGCUCAGGCGAAUACGAACGCGGUAACAGUAGCUAUUCCAGCCGUAGCUCAGCAAGGAUCGAUAACUACUAGCGUACCGUCGAGAGUGGUUACCCCCACACCUGCAUCCACCCCUCCGCCAACCAGACCCACUACACCGCAUCAGGCAGCUGCCACUCAUGGGCUUGCUGUUAAGCAAUCUCUCAAGAUAACGAAGACUACGAACUCCUCAACAUCAACCGAAACGGAUUCUAAACCUUCGACGAGUCAACAUCCCGUCGAAACUAAGACCAUCACAAUCAAAAUUGAUCCUAAUGCUUUUUUGUGCGAAUGGCGAGGUUGUUUAAGGCAAUUCAAAACGGCCCAUGAAGUUUACCUUCACGUAUGCGAAGCGCAUUGUCCAAUUGGAGGUGAAGAAAUUUUGUGUCUUUGGGCUAGCUGUGAUGGAUUGAAGAGACGUAGAUUUUCUCUGAUGACUCAUCUGUAUGACAGACACUGCAACUCAGAGGCUAUGGCACUAAGAAGAAAGCAAUUGACUGUGACUGGUAAAACUGAAAUAUCAACAUCAACACCAGCGACACCACACCAUCCUGGCUAUGCACCCAAUGCCGCAUUUCAUGCGAUCAAAAGGCAUGCCCUGGAAUUUGUCAAUCCCAAGGAGUUAAUGCAGAGGCCAUCCAAGCCCGCUGCAGCCACUUCGAGCACUUCUUCUCCCAGACCAGGGCAAAAUCCUCCACCGGAACAGGAUGACAACGAAGGCCCAGUGACCAAAAGUAUUCGGCUGACGGCAGCUUUGAUUCUCAGAAACCUAGUCAUUUACUCCGCACAUGGAAGAAGGCAUCUCAGGGCAUACGAACCUCAUCUGGCAGGAGUGGCGCUAAGCAAUGUUGAAUCAUCCAGAACAAUAGCACAAGUGUUAUAUGACAUGAACGAUCAGAGCAGCAGUAGUCACAGGUGACCUUUUGAACCAGGCCUCUAAAAUUCUCGAAUUCAUGAGUGGCAUUGGAUUCAAAAUCACAAAGUCUGGUGUAAGGUUAGAAAAAGAUGUGACUACGGAUGUGGAAAGUAACGGCUUGAAUUUGUGACGAAGCAUUAGGACAUAAUCUUUGAAACAAAGCAUAAAGCAAGUGGACUUAUGUGCAAAUCUGAACAAAUAACACAUAUGGAUGUUCUGCGUAGAAAAGAGGCCUAUAAACUUAAUAGGCAAAAAUCAUUGCCGCUUUAGAAAAUAGAACAAAAGUAAAAAAAAAAACGAGAUUUAAAUAAAUAAAAAA